CGACCUUAACCAACGACCACACCAUCGCGGACAGCUUCUAACCACCCUCUGCUUCACUUUCUAGUUGGUCCAUUCCAUACUACCUUCCAUGGCCAUGGCCAUGCUCACGCUUUAGAUUCUGUUUCAGUUUCUGGAUCAUGGGGUUUUCAAGGUUUAUCAAAAGUUUCAAUGCCCAACAAUGGGGAAAUGCCAGAAUCAAAGCUUACCCACUUGGGUACAUUUACAGAAGGACAUUGUCAUCGAGCACGAAAAUUUUCAACAAUGGCGAAGACUCGGUUCUUCCAGUUUUAAUCGUUGGAGCAGGGCCAGCGGGUCUCGUUCUUUCUAUACUUUUAACCAAAUUGGGUGUUAAAUGUGCGGUUUUGGAGAAAAGUAAGACUUUUUCUAAACAUCCACAGGCACACUUCAUCAACAACCGAACCAUGGAGGUGUUUCGUAAAUUGGAUGGCCUUGCAGAGAAGAUUCAAAGAUCCCAACCACCAGUGGAAUUAUGGAGAAAGUUCAUAUAUUGUACUUCACUUUCUGGUUCAAUUCUUGGCUCAGUUGACCAUAUGAAACCUCAAGAUUUUGAGCAAGUUAUUAGCCCGGUAUCUGUUGCACACUUCUCCCAAUAUAAAUUGUCAAGGUUACUACUUAAGCAGCUUGAGAAUCUUCAAUUCCGGGUUGGUGGAUCGGAAGGAUUGGAAGGCCUUAACCAUGGGAUCAUUAGGGAAAGGCAAAUAUUGAUGGGGCAUGAGUGUUUAGCCAUUGAUGCUAAUAAUGACUAUGUUACUGUAACUGCUUCUUGUGUCAAGGAUGGAAAGUUAGUGGAGGAAGAAAUCAAGUGUAAUAUCCUUGUUGGUGCAGAUGGUGCUGGAAGUACUGUACGUAGGCUUGUGGGAAUAGAUAUGAAAGGUGAAAGAGAGUUGCAAAAGCUUAUUAGUGUCCAUUUUAUGAGCAAAGACCUUGGACAAUACUUGCUUAGUGAGAGACCUGGUAUGCUGUUUUUCAUUUUCAAUACUGAAGCCAUUGGGGUCCUUGUUGCUCAUGAUCUCAAUGAAGGUGAAUUUGUUUUCCAGAUACCAUUCUAUCCACCUCAGCAGAACUUUCAAGAUUUCAGUCCUAAGAUGUGUGAGGAGUUAAUUCUUAAAUUAGUUGGUCGAAAGCUCAGAGACCUAGAUGUGGUUGAUAUAAAGCCAUGGGUUAUGCAUGCUGAAGUGGCUGAGAAGUUUCUAAGUCAUGACAAGAGGAUAUUGCUUGCUGGUGAUGCUGCUCAUCGUUUCCCUCCUGCUGGGGGAUUUGGAAUGAACACUGGAAUUCAGGAUUCUCAUAAUCUUGCCUGGAAAAUAGCUUCUGUAUUAAAGGGUAUUGCACCGAUUUCAAUGCUUAAUACUUAUGAAACAGAACGUAGGCCGAUUGCCAUUCUCAACACGAAGCUUAGCGUUCAAAACUUCAAAGCAGCCAUGGCAGUUCCUGCUGCACUUGGUCUUGAUCCUACUGUUGCAAACUCAGUCCACCAUGUUAUCAAUGGAGUUGGUGCUGUUUUGCCAUCUGGAAUACAGAGGGCAAUUUUGGACGGAAUAUUUGCAAUAGGCCGUGCACAGCUCUCAGAAUAUCUUUUGAAUGAAAAGAACCCACUUGGUCAUUCAAGGCUUGCUAAGCUAAGACAAAUAUUUGAUGAAGGAAAGAGCCUUCAACUCCAGUUCCCUGCAGAGGAUCUUGGUUUCAGGUACGUUGAAGGAGCACUUGUUCCCGACAGUGAUGGCAUGCCGGGGACUCCUGAAGCACCUACUGGACGCCGGAGAGAUUAUAUUCCAACUGCAGAUCCAGGGUGCAAGCUGCCCCAUAUGAAUGUAAGGGUGUUAUCAAAUUCCUCUAGUAAGGAAAUAAUUUCAACACUAGAUCUUAUUUCCGGAGACAAAGUUGAGUUUCUUCUCAUUAUAGCACCUACCGAGUCAUCGUACCAUCUUGCUCGUGCUACAUUAGAGGUGGCUGAGGAAUUCAAGGUGCCUGUAAGAGUAUGUGUGCUCUGGUCUGCUGAUAGUACCGAAGGAGUUGAAGUAGGAAGUAAGGCGUUUAUGGCACCUUGGGAGAAUUACAUAGAUGUUCUCGAGACAAGGAUGUCACCUACUUCGCCUUCAUGGUGGGAUUUAUGCAAGAUGACUGACAAAGGAGCCAUCCUUGUUAGGCCUGAUGAUCACAUCUCCUGGCGUGUGAAAUCAGGACUUGUUGGGAAUCCUGUAAAGGAAAUGAAAAGGGUUUUUUCUGCUGUUCUUAGUGUCAACUGAAUUUCCCGACACUCAUAGGCAAUAUUUUUGUAUUGUUGACUUUCGAAAAUCAAAUAAAAAUUUAAUAUAUAUUUUUUUACCCUGA